CGAAGCAAAACAAACAAACUCUACCCUUUACUCCCCUUCACCUCUCUUUCUCUCUCUCCUCCACCCCGACCUUCUCGACCCUUCCAUCCCCUCUCCCACCCCACCAAUCUACCGUCGCCGGACCGGGCAGCGGGCCGGGCCGCGCGAUGCUGCCGCAGCAGAGCCAGGCCGCGGCGAUGAUGCAGCAGGCGGCCGCGAUGCAGUCCAUGUACGCGAUGCCGCCGCCGCCGCAUCACCACCACCUCCUCGGCGCCGCGCCGCCGCAGCAGAUAGAGCCAAUUCUUACUGGAAAUCUGCCACCUGGUUUUGAUACAAGUACAUGCCGCAGUGUAUAUGUCGGCAAUAUUCAUGUUCAAGUGACCGAGGCACUUCUCCGGGAGGUUUUCCAGAGUGCUGGUUCAGUUGACGGAUGCAAGCUUAUAAGAAAAGAGAAGUCCUCAUAUGGUUUUGUUGACUACUACGAACGCGGAUCAGCUGCCCUAGCAAUUUUUACACUUAACGGGAAGCAAAUUUUUGGGCAGCCUAUCAGAGUUAAUUGGGCAUAUGCUAGUGGUCAGAGGGAGGAUACAACAGACCAUUUCCAUAUUUUUGUUGGUGAUCUUAGCCCUGAGGUCACGGAUUCUGCAUUAUUUGCAUUCUUCUCAGCAUAUUCUCCCAACUGCUCUGAUGCUCGAGUAAUGUGGGACCAAAAGACGGGAAGAUCAAGAGGUUAUGGCUUUGUUUCCUUCAGGAAUCAACAGGAUGCACAGAGUGCCAUAAAUGACUUAAAUGGUGAAUGGCUUGGGAAUCGGCAGAUUCGUUGCAACUGGGCAACAAAAGGUGCCAACAGUGGCGAGGACCAGCUAACAUCAGAUUCGAAAAGUAUAGCUGAUGUAAAUAACAAUUUUACAGAAAAUGCAAAGCAGAAGUCAAAUGAAGAUGCUCCUGAAAAUAAUCCACUGUACAGAACUGUUUAUGUUGGGAACCUUGCUCACGAGGUUACUCAAGACGUGCUUCAUCGUUUCUUCCAUGCACUUGGUGCUGGAGCCAUCGAGGAGGUCCGUGUCCAGCAUGGCAAAGGCUUUGGUUUUGUCAAGUACAGCAACCAUGCUGAAACUGCCCUUGCAAUUCAGACGGGUAAUGGUCGUAUUUUGGGUGGUAAACCAGUCAAGUGUUCCUGGGGCAACAAGCCUACACCCCCUGGUACCACCUCUGCACCUCUGCCCCCUCCUGCUGCUCCUAGCCACCCCGCUGCCGCCGAUCUUGUAGCGUAUCAACGUGCUAUUGCGAUGAGCAAGAUGGCUUCGACCCAGGCAUUGAUGCAGGCUCAGCAUCUCAGGCAAGCAGCCAUGGGGAUGGGUGUAGGUGCGAGUCAGGCGAUGUACGAUGGUACUUUCCAGAACGUCGGUACCUCGCAGCAGCAACAGCAGCAGCAGCUCAUGUAUUAUUAAUUCCAGCCUUGGAGGGAGCUCACCUUUGUAAUUUAACCCGGAUUUUAUGUUUUCUUUUCUAUCUUCGUCGUGUCUAUAUGCAGUGUGACACUAUAUGUUGGUGUCGCCGUCUGGCUGUGUUGGUAGUGCACCGAAUCUGUGUCUGUAGUGAUGCCAGUUGACCGGUUAAUAUCGAAUUUUAUGUUAUUUUCUCGUGUA